AUGUGGUGUGGGACAGCUCCCCUGGUUGUGGUGCUUGCAGUGUGUUGGACUUACUGCAUCUUGGAUGGAGUGGAAGCUAAAAAGGAGAGGAAGAAGCCAAAGGAGACACCACUUCAACACACAGAGACUUACAAUGUGACUCUGUCAAACAGUGAAGAGGAGUCUGGAAUUCCAAAGAUUUCUGACAACCAGAGAGUGGAUCCAUUGGGAUCAUGGAUGGACUUUGUCAAACGCCCAGUUGGCAACUUCCCAGCGAAAUGUCGCAAACGGAAAAGACCUUUGCCAGGCCCACCUGGUCCUCCAGGUCCCCCCGGCCCACAGGGACCACCUGGCUCACCUGGAGCUGAAGUGACCCAGGAAGUUCUUCUCCAAGAGUUCAAAGACAUGAUAAAAGAGGCUACAGAGAGACGGGCUGUGGCUGUGGAUCGACAACCCACUUCGAGCCAGCUUCCCAUGGCUCUCCUCACGUUGCAGGAGGGCAUGACCUCCUACCGGCGGAUAGAGGAGGCUUUCCACUGCAAACUAAAGGGACCUGUGGUGGUUGACAAGAAGACUCUGGUGGAGCUCCAGAAUUUUCAAACACCGCCAGCCAAGGGAGCCUUCCUGAGAGGGUCAGGCAUGGACCAGUCAACUGGCAGAUUCACUGCACCCAUCACAGGGAUCUACCAGUUCUCUGCUAAUGUCCACAUUGAUCACAGUGAAGUGAAGAGAAACAAGAGCCAGCUGAAGGCAAGGGACAAUAUCCGCGUCUUGAUCUGCAUUGAGUCACUUUGCCACAGAUACACCUCAUUGGAGAUGAUUGUUGGCUUGGAAAGUAACAGUCGGAUAUUCAGUGUGAGUGUUCAGGGACUCCUGGAGCUUCAGGCUGGCCAAUACACCUCCAUCUUUGUGGAUAACGCCGCCGGCGCCUCCAUUACGAUACAGAAUGGCUCCGACUUCAUGGGCGUGCUCCUUGGCGUGUAA